AUGAUCAUCAUCGAGCAUGUGCUCUACACCCCGCUCAGCCCGCCUCUGACUCUUGAAUCGGAUGGAAUCGAAUACCAUGAUCUUAGCUAUAAUGCGUGGGUCAGUAGAGGUCGCAAUGCGUGUUAUAACCAUCAGAGCAAGCCCAGCUCUUCAAACUGUUUGCCUCUUCUCCUCACAAAUCAUCGAAUUUCGACCGAGACUCAGGUGAUCCUCGGACGCAUGAAAGUCGACUACAUUCUAGACAUAUCAGUCAAGGAUGACUUGCGCCUCUUGCUAACCUGGCUGUCAGUACCGUGUCUCACAACCCACAUAACGACCCUCUACGCGAAUGUGCGUCUGUUCGGUCACGUUAUCGAGAAGCGCACCAUCCGUAGCCAACUUGGCGACGGCGGUCGGCUAGGCUUCCACUGGUACUUCUAUGCGGCAUUAGAGCGAUUUUUCCGCUAUGGUCCUGUGGGAGAGAAAAAGCGCAAAGAAGAAGACGAAUCUUCUGGAUAUCCUCGAAACACAAAGGAAUUCGAGGAUCGGAAGAUGCUGAUCGACACACUCGUUCUCGACUUCCAGUCUGCGGACCUGGAACUUUCCUUCCCACCAGAAGAUGUCACAUACAAGCAGUGGUCCAGGCGGCAUUGGGGUCUGGAUCGGGGAGACCGGAGCGAGACUUCAGAGACAUUGUCAUCAUAUAAAACGCGCCCGGAGUGGCUCUGUGAAUAUCUGAAGGCCUGGAUAAGCGGUCUUCUUUACAUGAGCUAUCAUACUUCCAAAUUCGGGCAACCAUUAUAUGAGCAUAUUGGGACGAUCCAGAUGCUUGUUGAUGGUCAACUAUAUCAUGAAUUUGAUCUUGCAGCUUGGUUAGCUCGCCUACGGUUUACCGAUUCAACCUCUAUGAUGGGUCAUUUACCUACUGAUGACAGACAGUCUGGAUUUUGGAAAUGGAAAAAAGAGACAUUGCUGAGAAGGGAGGCCCAAGGGUUUCCCGUGAUAUGGCCAUCUGAUGAUGAAUUAGGACGAAGAGAGGUGUGA